AUGGCGUGGGUGAUGGAUGUGAUCGACACCAACGUGACUUUUGAACAGGAUCCAUUUUUUGCUUCCGCCAUCGUGCCGGCACCUGCAUCCUUCAGCUCCGGAGGGGCUAACGGGGGUGCGGAGGUUUGGUACAACUUUUCGGCGUUCAAUGGCUCUGUAGAACUGGAUGACGCGGCCGAGUUGAUGCCCUUACCCUUUGCUUUUCCGCACUACCUGGAGUAUCACGAGAGUGCUUUUGUGUCCUGCAAUGGGGCGCUCAUUUUGGACCCGGUUUUGGAUGACAUCACUAGAAAGGCUGCAAUCCUGGGAUCGGGUGUGGGGCCUCAUGAUGUGGUUGCGGCAAUGUGGGCCGACAUGACCUGCCCGCAGGAGGCUAAAAUCUCGGCAUUUCGAUCGCGUGCGGCGGACAGCCAGGGGGUCGAGAAAGUCGCUGUCCGGUAUGAAGGACUGCUGCUCAAAAGCGCAGCGAUUGGUCCCUUCGAUUUCGAAGUGUGGCUGCACAGCGAUGGGCGAAUCCUCUACUUACUGGAGGAGUUCCCCACCAGCAACCUCUCAGCCCUGGAAGGCAUUCAGGUCGGCGCACAGCCAGCGACCGGCGCGAAAGCCUUGAGCAUCGGAUCCUCCUUGCCCUGGUCCUCGGGGGCUCCACUGGCAGUUUCUUUGACUCCCUGGUUCAUGCUUCGCGAGAACGGCAACACCGUGAUUGCCCCGAACCAAUCUGUCACCAUCAGCUUUGCUUUUGAACGCCAGGCCGAUCUGGCCGGCUGGCUGCACUUCUAUGCAGAGAAAAGCAUUGGGAUUUGGCACCCGCGUCGCAAUGUUCGCUUCACCCAGCGCCUGUUUCGCCAUAUGUGGGUUCUCAGCACGUGGGAUGGUGGCUUGCACUCGGGUUCCUGUGCUGGCGGCUUCGUAAGGCGCCGGAACCGAACAUGCGUGGGCAGCGACGGCCUAGAGUACAACGACAGCUACUGCGUCGGCACUUGCAUGGACCUAGAUCCUGUGCACAACUGGGACUAUCCUACACGGCAUGCCUGGUCAGACGGCUACAACAACGGAUGCGAAGAUUACCAUGCCCUGGCUUUCUGCACUCCGACAGGAUAUGGAACCAGAUGGGAGUCCUGGUGGGGCAAGUUCGCAGAUUGGACCACACAAGGGCUGGACGCUGGAGAGGCAUGCUGUUUGUGUGGAGGAGGCACUUAUACGCCAGAGCUGCCCCCAACGGAAGAGAAGUGUCCGUCAGUCAACUGUCCGGCAAACUCGAACGGCACCAGUGUUCUGCAUGGUUGUGUUUGCAAUGCAGGUUAUGUCGGAGUUAUCAAUGCCUCGGAGGACUACCCUUACUUCACAGGCACUUGUGCAACGGUUGCAUGCCCCAAGUAUUCGUCUGGUCCGCAUGUUGCAGCUGGCUGCACAUGUGAUUACGGCUACAUAGGAACCAUCGUCGCCACAAGCGCUGACCCUUUUUAUGAGGGUGUUUGUGUGGCAACGACCACUACGAGCAGCACCUCCAGGACAGAUACCACUUCCACAGCCACCUUUACCUCCAGCACGGCCACUUCCACAACAAGCAGAUCCACCACUGCCACCUCCCGUACGGUCACCACCAGCACAGGCACUGCAACGAGAACCACCAGUGCCACCAAGACCAGCACGAUCACGUCAAGUAGCACCCUCUCCACAAUCUCCAGUACGACCACGAGUGUUUCAUCAAGAACUACCACUUCCACCACUUCAAUCUCACUAACGAGGACCCGGACGACCGCAACACUUUCAACGACCACGAGUACCUUCACCGGUAGUUCAUCAAGAACUUCAACUUCCACUACUUCAGCAUCACAAACCAACACCCUGACCACGGCCACCAUGUCGACUACCAGGAGCAGAACCAUCAGCACCAGCAGCUCCAGUAGCACUUCAACUUGGACCAACUCUACCACCACCACCACCGCCACUCGAACGACGACCGUGUUCUCCAGGACUUGCGAGCAUUUGGGAUCCGCAACAGUGCAGCAACUGAAGUCUUUGCAGCCGAGCCCUCAUAGAGAUACUCUACAUUCGAGACAGUAA